GCUGCCGGGCUGCUACACACUUUAAAACUAGCAGUUGAAGUUUGCCAGUUGUACACUGUGGAUAUGCACUAGCUGCUGAAGCGCAUUUGCGCCCAUAGUACCAGAUUAUACUCCUCACAUUCGUGCACCCGUCCAGCACACGGCUAAGAACAGUUCCAGCAAGGAAAAAAUAGCGCACACCGGACCCUUCUGUAAAGUUUGAUGACAACUUACCAGCAAGGAUUUAUGAAAACUAAACACCCUUUGGAAUAAUGAGCAGGAGGUUGAAAUUGCAAAGAGCCCCAGCUGAGCUGUGCAUAUUGGUUGGGAUAGGCACCCUGGAGUGACAACAUCUGGUUGUAAUUAAAAAGGAGAUAAAAAUGGGGAGAGACAUUGAUUAGUAGCUGAAGGGUUUUUUUUUUUUGUUUUCUUUUUAAAGUGGUUUCUCCUGCAAAGGCAGUGCAAAAGCCCUACAAGUGGACUAUGCCUAAGAACCACAGGGUUUAGUUUCUGAAAAGGACAAGACUACAGUGUGCAGUGUCUUCUGCAGAAGAUGAACAUAGAAGGUGACUAAGGGAGAAGAGGAGGAGCCCCUCUGCCUGCACUGCAAAGAUAUGGCUCAGAGAUCAUGGAGAAGAAUGAGGCUGAAGAGACCACCUGUGGCUGGAUUCUGCUUCUUGUUUGCCUUCUCUGUGGUGGCAUUUACUAGUUUUCCUCUGCUGCUUCCAACUGAGUCUGAUUUCCAGUUCUUGGCACUGGCUGGGCCACAUGGGAAAGUCAUCCAGCCCAGGCAUCUGUGGACAAACACCACUGCCUCUGUCCCCCGGCGGGCCAGGAGUUUUGAUCACAGAGAAUGGGAACCCGCUCCCCCUGGCACCGAUCAGGAAAGCCAAUCCUCACACCAUCCCCACUCUGCCUGCAAGCCAAAGAACCAGCCAAGCAGCCUGCGCCGACAAAACCACACACUGCUGAAAGCAAAGAGAAAGCACAAAGGAGAGAUUAGGAAAAAUAACGUUGUGAAAAGCUCUGAAGCCAGCAGUAAAUUACAGCAUGAAAACAUUCCCCGCAGGACCAGUGGUGAGAAGAAAAGGGAGCUUAAUACUCAUUUUUCUCUAAAGAAUACAGGGAACAAUGUUCAUUUCUAUAAGCUGACAGGGAAAAAGGCAGUUAUGAAACCACAAAUGGAGGAGGCCCCUUUCUUUUCUCCUUCACUCAGCAAUAAAAGGGGUUUUCAGGAAGGAAAGCCAGAGUUUGUUUUACUUCUUAAGAACUCUUUUGCAAGCCAGCCAACUGUGGCACAGGACCAACGCAAACCAGAUGUGCAGGCAGCUGGUGCUGAGCCUCAGCAUUCAGAUUCAAUUAAAGCCUUUAUCUCGGAAGCAGAUAGCAGGCUGCCCUUCAAAGGUGCAGCAGGCACGCGGAGAGGGACAGGCAGUUACUCCCAGGGGCCUGGAGAGCCAGGAGCUCAUUUCUGGGUGGGUGUGGCCACACAGUUACAGACAUCUGAAUGGUGUGUGAAGACUCCAGAAGAUGCCCUUUCUGCCAAAUGGGAGGGCCGCCUGAAGUUUGGUGAGAGGAUCCCACCUUGGUUUACUGCAGACGAUGUGCAGAAGAUGAAAUGGCUGGCAAAUAGCGAAGUGGUGACCAAAACCAGAAUUCCUGCCCAUGGACAAAUACUCAGAGUCAGCCUUUUGGCCAGCCAAGACACUUCCCCAUCUGACCCUAAACGAGACUGUUCUGAUGGGCUCUGUGGAUUAAUAAAGCGGCCCAGUGACCUCUAUGAGGUGCUAGCUUUCCACUUGGACAGAGUGUUGGGGCUGAAUAGGAGUCUGCCUGCAGUGGCCCGCAAAUUCAGCAGUCCCCUGCUGCCCUACAAAUACACCAAUGGUGCAGCGAGGCCCAUCGUAUGGUGGGUGCCAGAUAUCCAGCACCUAGAUGAUGCCAACAAUGACCAGAACUCUUUUGCACUGGGGUGGCUACAGUACCAGUCUCUGCUGCAGCAGCGUUGUGGCGUGGCAGAUUCCAGGGCAGCCCUCGGAAUAGCUCCGUGUUUGAGCGUCCUGCACACAGAGUGGGCCAAACUGGCGCUCUUUGAUUUUCUCCUACAGGUUCAUGACCGCCUGGACCGUUACUGCUGUGGAUUUCAGCCAGACCCUGCAGAACCCUGCAUGGAGGAAAUGCUUCAUGACAGAUGUAGGAAUCCUGCAGAACUGGUCCUGGUCCACAUCCUGAUCCGGGGAAGUGAGCCUUCUCGCCUGGUGUUCAUUGACAAUGCAGGCAGACCUUACCAUCCGGAAGCAAAACUCAACUUCAGGCUACUGGAAGGCAUAGAUGGGUUUCCUGAGACAGCUGUGACUGUGCUCAAAUCGGGAUGUUUACAGAACAUGCUUCUGAAGUCACUGUACAUGGAUCAGGAAUUCUGGGAAAGCCAGGGUGGAUACCAAGGCCUUAGACACUUGCUUCAAGUCAUUAACAGAAGAGGACAGAUCCUACUGCAGUACAUUCAGGAACACAAUUUGACAAUCUUUAAGGAUUCAUCACUUUAAAACAUGCCCCUACAAGAGCGACACACUCGCCUGACAUAAAGUGCAAGUUGCAACCAUGAAUAUACCUCAGUCCUCUAAAGCUUUUAUGAUCAGAAGCUGAUUUUGAGUGCUUGGUUCUUGAGAAUCAAAUUCAGCAGCACAUGCUGAAGAAGCAGAAUAGAUCCAAGGAAGAGACAGAUGGGGGAAAGAAAAUUUCUGACACAUUACAGACAGGCUGGGAAAAUGCAUUAACCAAGUAUUUAUUGAGCACUGACUCCAACUUGGAUUUUCAAAGGAGUUGAAUCUCAUUGAGAUUUUGGGCACCUAACUCCUUGAGGUUCCUUUGAAAAUCUUAUCUUGAGUGUUACGGCAAAAUUCUAAGGACAACAUGAGAAAUAUUAACUCAACAGUUUGAGAGACUGACCAAAGCUCAUAGAAUUCAAUGAGUCUUUUCAUUGACUUCAAUAGGCUUUUGAUUAAGCCUUAACUGCUUCAGAAAUAGUCAAUAUGACCACUUUGGUUUGACAUAAGAAAAAAGGGUGGCACCUCCAAAGUGAAUUAUAUAAAUAAUUAAAUAGCAUGUGAGCUUCAGGGAGGUGUGAGCUUCAAAAUCUAAAGGGGAUCAUUUAAAAAACACCCAUCUGAUUGCACAAGCAAUUUCCUUUUCUCUCAUUUCUUUUUAAGAGAGAUUAAAUGCUACAAGUUAUGUUAGUGCCAUGUUCAUCAAGUCAAAACAAUUGCUAUUACUAUAAAAAAAAUUGUAACCACCAAGACACUACAUUGGCCUCCAGAGUGACCACAUCAUUUUAAUGUGUGAAAUCCUGUCCCACUGAAGUCAAUGGGCGCUUUACCAUUGACUUCAGUGAGCGCGGGAUUACUCCAUUGCUUUCAUCUUUCUCCCACUCCUUCCUCAUCCUCACCAUGUGUUAUCACCUCCUGGGACUGAGCUGCACAGGUGGACUGCUGUGCCCGUGUGGAGUCCAAAAGAAAUCAAUGACAUCGCAGGGAUGCCUCGUACUAGUAAGCCCUGCACUCAGCAGUAAGUGUUUGCCGAUUGUAAACCCUUAUGAGCACAGGGUAAGUCAUUGCUUGUUCUGCGAAAUGCCAUGCACAGCUAGAGCGUUACAUGAAUAAAUAAAUAAUAACAAGAACAAUAAUAUUACAUAAUUAAAUCCACAAAAUGUACUGCAAAAGUUAAAGUCCUAACAGCAACAGUCAUUUGGCCAUCUGUGAUGUGUUCCAUUUUUGUUUUUUCUGGCUGAUAUAUUUAUGUUAAUCUCAAACAAUACCACAAAACACAUACGUUGGACAAUGGAGUUGAGUUAAUGUUGCUUUUAGAACCAAAAACUUUGCAUUUCCUGACUUCUUGUGGUUUUUAUCUGUUCAAAUUUAACAUGGCAUAACAUGCAGGUUUUUGCAUUUUUCGUGUGUGUGUGUGUGUUGGGUGGUUAAACUUGGAAGAUAUCACUUCUGUAUGUGUAA